AUGUUUCGAUGUAUACCUUUGUUUAAAUGUAAUCGCCAAGUGGAAUGUGUAGACAAGCGGCAUUGCUCUUUGCCAACAGUACCUGAAGAUAUCUUAAGAUAUUCAAGAAGCUUAGAGGAACUGUUUUUGGAUGCCAAUCAUAUAAGAGAUUUGCCCAAGAAUUUCUUCAGACUUCAUCGUCUGAGAAGACUAGGUCUUAGCGACAAUGAAAUUCAUAAACUUCCAUCGGACAUACAGAACUUUGAAAACUUAGUAGAACUAGAUGUAUCUAGAAAUGAUAUUCCCGACAUCCCUGAGGACAUCAAAAAACUGCGUGCGCUGCAGAUCGCGGACUUCAGCAGCAACCCGAUCCCGCGGCUGCCGGCCGGUUUCAGCCAGCUGCGAGCCCUCACCGUGCUCGGCCUUAACGACAUGUCGCUCACCAGCUUACCGAGCGACUUUGGAAGCCUGAUAUCAUUGCAGUCCCUUGAGCUGAGAGAAAACUUACUCAAAUCACUACCGGAAUCACUAAAAAACCUAACAAAGUUAGAGAGACUAGAUUUGGGUGACAACGAGAUAGAGGAGCUGCCAGGAUUCAUAGGCGAAUUGCCAGCACUUGAAGAGCUUUGGUUGGACCAUAAUAAACUGCAAUAUUUACCCCCGGAGAUAGGCAACUUGAAGGCGCUCGUUUGUUUGGACGUCAGUGAAAACAAGUUAGAGAAACUUCCGGAGAAAAUCGGAGGUCUUUGCUCUUUGACCGAUUUGCAUCUGUCGCAAAACAUGCUCGAAACUGUACCGGACGGUAUCGGAGAUCUGUCUAAGUUGACUAUACUUAAGUUGGACCAGAAUCGAUUGCAUACAUUAAACGAAAAUGUUGGGAGAUGCACAAACCUACAAGAGCUUGUAUUAACGGAGAAUUUUUUAAUGGAACUACCAAAGUCGAUAGGGAAUCUCAACGAGCUGACUGUAUUGAAUGUGGACAGGAAUUCUUUAGCCGAAAUACCUGUAGAGAUAGGCAAUAUGACAUUGCUUGGUGUCCUGAGCUUGAGAGACAACAAGUUGACCAAGCUGCCAAAUGAACUAGGCAACUGUAAAUCACUGCACGUUCUCGAUGUAAGCGGUAACAGGUUACAGUAUCUGCCAUACACACUCGUCAACUUGGAACUCAAAGCAGUGUGGCUGUCAGAAAACCAAGCGCAACCUCUAUUGACCUUUCAAACCGACAGAGACGAAACGACGGGGGAGAAUGUUCUCACUUGCUUCCUCUUGCCGCAGCUCAGUUACACGCAGCAGCCGGAGUUGGAUCACACAUCAGAGGUCGGCAGUGUAACCUGGUUCAGGGAUCACAGAUUUAAUUCACAGUCACAAGAGCUAGAUAGGAUAAGAGAAUCAAGCGUAUCUCGUGAUCGAGAUUCUGACGACGAUUGGGAAGAGAAAGAAGCGUCGCGGACGCAUUCUGUCAAGUUCACAGAAGACGUAUCAGAAGCCAGAGAGACUCCAUUUGUGCGACAAAACACGCCUCACCCGAAAGAGCUGAAACUUAAAGCCCACAAGUUGCUCGCGGGACGAUCGCCGGAACAGAAUCAGCAAUCUGCUACACAUGAAACGCCUACCGCAAAUGGAAUGGUCACAUCGCCACUCGAAGUUGCGCCUACUACAGAAACACUCGAACCUGUUGAAACUCAAUCACCACCCGAAGUAACAAAAGAUGAAGAGAGCGAUCAUCAUACGCAAGAAAGAGAAUCAUCGGAGGGCGAAAAUGAUGAAAAUGAGGACUCUGACGAACUUGAGCGCGGCGGGCGGCGCGUGGCGUGGCGCGCGGGCGUGGCGGCGGGCGGCGCGCGCGCGGGCCGCCUGCACCGCCGCGACACGCCGCACCACCUCAAGAACAAGCGCGUCAGCCACAUCGACGCGGCCCGCGCGCAGGACCUCAUCGCGCAGGCGAUCAAGAAACGCGAGCAACAAGAGGAACAUAAGACUGAUGAAGAGGAGGCCGUGGACGACGUGCUCGAUGGUGAAUCAGUGUCUGAACGCGCUGACAGCGAAGCUCGAGUAGUGAGCGAGCAUCGCUGCAUAGAAGUGCGCAUAGCGCGCGCCGCUGGCGGCCUCGGCCUCAGCAUCGCGGGCGGCCGCGGCUCCACGCCAUAUGUCGGGGAUGACGACGGCAUCUUCAUAUCACGCGUCACUCCCAACGGGCCUGCAUACAUGGCCGGACUAAGGGUGGGCGACAAAGUGCUUUCAGUGAAUGGUACUUCCGUGGUAGACGUCGACCAUUACUACGCUGUGGAAGUACUAAAAGCGAGCGGACCUGUUCUUACACUAGUCGUAACUAGAGACUCGCCUAAUUCGACCAGAACGCACAGUCGGGCGCCGAGUGGAGCGAGCCAUCAUUCUGUGUCCAGUACGACCGACACUGUAUCCACUUUAGAGAAUGGACAGGUACCCACUGGUCGAGGAAUCAUGGCGAAGCCUCUCAUUAUCAGCAACCAAUACGCGCAAGAGUUUGAACCCGAUCAAAAAGAUCCCGCGCCUAACCACCAAAAGACUGUGGUCUCUCCAACUUCGAACUUCAGCCCCUCGCCAACCGGCCAGGUGACAUCAAAUACGUACCAACGGUUACAGGUGUCACCGCCGCCACCGCAAACUCAACCUUAUGUUCCACCAGUGUAUCAACAAAAGGUACUUGUCCACACGACGCUAAUCCGCGACGGAGCGGGCCUCGGCUUCAGCAUAGCGGGCGGGAAGGGCUCGCCGCCGUACAGGGAGGACAGCGACGCCAUCUACAUCUCGCGCAUAUCGCCACAAGGCGCCGCCGCGAAAGAUGGCAAGAUGCAAGUCGGGGAUAAAGUCGUGUCCAUUAACGGCGUGGACAUGGAAAACGCGCCACACGAAGCGGCCGUCGCCGUACUUACAGGCCACGAGCGCUUCGUAAGACUAGUCCUGCAGCGGACUAUCACCUCCGAACAAGCCGACACAAUCUCGAGGAAAUCUAUUUCGGAAGAAAUGAGAGAGCAUAAAACGAGUUUGACGAACGUCAACGUUGCUCCAGCACCGAAGCCCAACAACCACGUGACCGUGCCGCUGAUCGGAAACCAUACAGCACCGAAGCCAGCACACACCACGACAACAAAGCCCACGGUCAUCGCAAAUGCACCAACGAAUGUGCCCGUACAAACGUCCGCACAAGUACCGCCACAAGUGCCCAUAAACGCGCCCGCACCGGUGACACAAACUUUCACGAACGCUGUUCCACCCCAGCCAGCUCCCAGGAGACUUAGUCAAACUCACACUAAUGGACAGGCGGGAACGAAAUCGACAACUAACAGUACGAGCACGCCUUUAACUCCCGGCGCCAAUAAAUUGCACAGCUCUAACGACGAUGUUUUCGACGAUAUACAGCCGUCGCGGCCGCUGACGAGCGAGGAGUUCCAAGCGAUGAUCCCGGCGCACUUCCUGGGCGCGCCGCGCGCCGCCGAGCUGCCGCCCGAGCGCGGCGUGCGCGUCACCGUGCAGCGCGCGCCGCGCCCCGCGCUGCCGCCGCCGCCCGCCGCGCUCGGCCCGCUCGGCCGCGUCACCGAGACCAUCACCAAGUCCACCUUCACCGAGACCACCGUCACGCGCGUCACCGACAACCACCUCGUCGCGCCGCUCGUCGCCGAAGACGUGACAUUGUUGAAAGAAGGCGGUUCGCUUGGCUUCAGUAUUAUUGGCGGCACUGAUCAUUCCUGUGUACCCUUUGGAGGCAAAGAACCUGGCAUUUUCGUUUCACAUGUUGUCCCCGGCGGUGUUGCCGCACGAUCAGGCAAACUCCGCAUGGGCGAUCGUUUGCUGAAAGUGAACGGCACGGAGUUGUCUGGUGCGACCCAUCGCGAAGCUGUACAACUUCUACUGCAGCCUGGACCCACCUUAACACUCACAGUGCGACACGAUCCACUGCCGCCAGGCUUCCAGGAGUUAACGAUAAUCAAGCAAGAAGGAGAAAAGUUAGGAAUGCACAUAAAGGGAGGUCUAAACGGACAACGCGGCAAUCCGAACGAUCCGAACGAUGAAGGCGUCUUCAUAUCCAAAAUUAACAGCGGUGGAGCGGCGAGGAGAGACGGUCGACUCAAGGUGGGCAUGCGGCUGCUGGAGGUGAACGGCGCGUCGCUGCUGGGCGCCACGCACGGCGAGGCCGUGAACGCGCUGCGCGCCGCCACGCUGGCGCCGCUGCACCUCGUCGUGUGCCACGGCUACUCGCGCCCCGACAAGUGCGCCACUGGUAGCGAGAGCGGAACGGCAGACACUGGCGGCUCUCUGUCUCACUCCACAUCGAGCCUGGACAGGGAUGAAACAUUGCACCAACAACAACAGGAGCAACAAUUCCAUAAGGAUCUAGUUGAGUAUGAACAAGAGAAACAAGUCGCAAUAGAGAGGGAAAAAUCUACACCUGAAAAGGUAAUGGACAUUGUUCACGCGGUGGAAAGUAUUGGCUUGGAACCGGCACCGCCUACAUCGCCGGAGCCGCAGCAUAAGACCACCACAGUCGUCAUGUCCAAACACACGCUACAACCUCAGACGGCUAGUUCACAAGGGGCGACUCCGUCGCCGCUGGGUGUGUUCACACAGCAGAAAGUGAAGACGCCGCCCCCUCCGGCCACGCCCACUUCGCUCGACGCGCCGCCCACACACGCCACGCCCUCUGCGCCCAUUCCGCCUGCAACGCCCACAACGUUGACCAAAUCCGACGACGGCACGUCAGUGGACGCGCCAGAAGUUUCGCAACAAAUCUCCCGACCGUCCCACCCGCCGCCGCCUCCCCCCACCAAACAGAAACCGCAAGUGCCGCGGAAACCGAACACGAAGCGAGUUAGUUUCACCAGUGACCACUACACCGACGAACACGAACGACACUCGUUGUCGACGAACGAAACAGAUUUUACCCGAACCCCACCGCAUGUGGAAAUGCAUGACAAUCUCCUGGAGAAACCGAUCGCUACGACUAACGAUGCAUGCUCAGGGAUGCGUAGCUCUAUACUAAUACAAAGUCGACCGCUGCAAACUGAGGUGGCGGUUACGAAACCGGUCUCGAAGGCGGCUUUGGUGCUCCCCGAGGACUUUAUCAUCCCUCCUCCGCCUCUGUUCGAUACCAACGUAAGUCAAAGUCAGUUAAUAGAGCGGGACGAGUGUGAAGUUGAUGUACCACUCAUCUCUGUGAUACCCGAGCGACUUGUACUACCCGAGCCGGUUGUGGCUGAAACAACCAUGCAGUCGUCGAAUUCGACCAAUUCCCCCGAAUCUGAAUUCCCUCCUCCUGUAAACUACGCCGCAUUUCCAGCGCUAGUUCCGUCAGCUGAUGAGCGACCCCGUUCAAUAAUCGUUUCUGAAGUGCCUUCCUAUCAAGUCUUCCGUAACACUGAUUUUCCUUCAAUAGACACUGAUGAGUAUUAUAAUGAAUUGUCGGCCAGUCCUGAUGGGGAGCCCGAACCGCCAGAAUUAUUACAUGUACAGUUAAAAACGCUUCCAACAGUUUCACACAUACCUAAUUCCCCUUGCAAUUUACAUCCCAAUUUGUGCUAUUACGAAGAUGGUCAGAACGCUAAUCAAACACAACAUGCCUCGCUUAGAGAUCUAAGAAUUAAAAAUAUGCCAUCGAAUAUGGCUCAUUCCACAACCUAUCCGCCCAGUAAUCCGUACCCAUCGCUGACGACAGUCGCUGGUACAUAUAAUCCUUACACCCAGCCUCUGCCGGUACGUGUCUCUAAUCAAGCAGAUGCGGCUACGUACAGUCCAAGAGUAACCCAUUCAACUAUCUCCCCAUUAGAAAAAGAUAUAAAUGCAAAUCUCACACAAGCAGUCCCCAUGCAUAUUGGCGACACGCCUAAAGUUGUUCAAUCAGAGAGAAGAGUCCAUUUCGGCGAUGUGACGACUGCGCCAGAAUCUGAUAGAUUGUCGAACAGUUCGGAGCCUGUGAGGGAAGGGAGUUCCUCGCCCGCAUCCACCCUGAAACCCGCAUGGAGCAACAAAAUCAAAUCCUUCGCCAUCGGCGAGGCUUCCCCACCUCAUUCUGGUAAUUUCGUGAAAGCUUCUGUCAGCGAUAAGAAAAAGUUCUUCGAAAAUGCAAUGGAAGAAAGUCACAAAUCAUCGCCUAGACCAGAAAAAGUUUUCACGUUCCUGUCAGCGGAUGAGGUGGAGAAAAUGAAGCAAGAAGAGGAGAGAAAAAUGGCGUCUCUAUCACGCGCGGAGCUCGGCUCGUGGUCACAAGGGGAGGACCGCCAGAGCGGAGACAGCUCGCAUUCAGAUGACGAACCUUACGAGAAUGGCCAUAGUGCGUCAGCGGGUGGCGUGAGUCCGUCGGCGAAGUCGCAGCGGCGGCGAGCGGCGCGCGACGGCGGCCACGGCGGCGACGGCGACGACCCGGAGGCGCGCGCCGCCAGGCGGGCGGCCUGGAGGGCAGCGCGUUUACGAUCCUUAGAACAGGAGGCCAUUGAAUCACAAAAAGUUAUUAAAAGUAUGGUUGGCCCAGCGAAUGACAUCAUAGGAGAGGUACCAUUGCGAGAAAAAUCUCCUUCAGAGAAAUGGCCCCUGCCACGUAUCGCGUUACGUACAAAACCGGGCCCGAUACUUGCCGUGAAGGAGAAAGAAAAAUUGUUAGACGAGAGAAUAACGCUACGCACGGAGGAAUACGUAUGCCCGACGACUGGCGAGACCAAAGUGCGAACCGUGGAGUACAUUGAGAAAGUGAUUGAGAAAGAGGUGGAGACGACUCAAGAGAAAAUUUUAUCAUUGGAACUAACAAUGAGUCCAAGCAGUGAAACUGCACCCUCUGAUCUCGAAGGUAACGCAGUCAGUCUAGGCGAGGGCGAAGUAGGGGAGGAUUCCCUACAGCCUGAUAUUGUACAAGUCGUGAAUCCACUACUAGACGGUGGCGUUGGAAGAGUCACCGCUAUACCAGUGGGACCGGCACAUCGAGUCACUGCUUACACAGAAAAACCACAAUAA